AUGUCUCACAUUAAGUCGGUUACCAGUCAUGGAUUGGCUAGUGUAAGAUCAAGAACAGGUGAUCAUAUUCAUCAAAUUUUAUCUAAUAGAUCUGAAGUUAGACAUGUUGACGCAAAAGAUGCAGUUGAUGAUGCAGAUUUAUUAAAACAAAUUGGUUAUAAGCAAGAAUUGAAUAGACGUUAUUCAACUAUACAAGUUUUUGGUAUUGCCUUUUCAAUUAUGGGUUUAUUGCCUUCAAUUGUUUCAACUUUAGCUAUUGGUUACGAAGCUGGUCCUGCAGCUUUAGUUUGGGGUUGGCUCAUAAGUGGUAUAUUUAUUUUAUCUGUGGGUGUUUCAAUGUCAAUCUUAUCAUCAGCUAUUCCAACAUCUGGUGGUUUGUUCUAUUGGACUAAUUAUUUUUGUCCUGAUUCUGUCAGAGUUCCAUUGAGUUUUAUUAUUGGUUGUUCCAAUACUUUAGCUCUUGCAGGUGGCUUCUGUUCGAUUAAUUAUGGGUUUGCUAGUGAAAUCUUAGCUGCUGUCUACAUAAAUGCUGAAGGUGACUUUGAUAUUACCAAUCCUAAAUUAUAUGGUAUUUUCGCUGCUGCUAUUGUAAGUCAAGUUAUAAUUUGUUGUUUAACUACUUCCCAUACUGCCAAAUUACAAACUUUUUCAAUUUUCAUUAAUUGUUUUAUUAUUUUAUUAUUCUUCAUCGCUGUGCCAGUUGGUGCUGGUAAAGGUGCUGGAUUCAAUUCUGCUUCAUUUAUUUUUACUGAACUCGAUAAUGAGAGAAGUUGGACAACUGGAUGGAGUUUUAUGCUUUCAUGGCUUCCUCUGGUCUGGACCAUUGGUGCUUUUGAUUCAUGUUUACAUUUAUCUGAAGAAGCUAAAAAUGCUUCCAAAUCUAUUCCAUGGGGUAUUUGUGGUUCUAUUGUUACUUGUUGGGUCCUUGGUUGGUUUAUCUGUAUUGUAUUUACUGCUUGUAUCAAAGAUGGUGAUGUCGAAGCUGUUUUAAGUUCUGAUACUGGAUCAGUUGGUGCUCAAAUCAUCUAUGAUGCUUUGGGAAAAGACUGGGCUGUUGCUUUCAUGGCUCUUAUUGCUUUUGCUCAAUACUUAAUGGGUGCUUCUAUUUUGGUCGCCACUUCAAGACAAGCUUGGGCUUUCGCUAGAGAUGAUGGUCUCCCAGUUGUUCACAACAUUGUUAAGAAAGUUAAUCCAAAACUCAAAGUUCCUAUCAAUGCUACAAUUUUCUGUGGUUGUUUCAGUUUAAUUAUUGGUCUAUUAAUCUUGAUUAAUGCUACUGCCGCCAAUGCUUUAUUUUCCCUUGGUAUUGCAGGAAACUAUUUAGCUUGGGCCAUGCCACCUUUCUUGGUUCUUUUACCAUUUGGUGCCAGUAAAUUUUCUCCAGGUCCUUUCUAUUUCGGUAAUUUCAAAACUAGAGCCAUCCACACUGUAACUUGUGUUUGGGCAGCUUUUAUUAUCAUCUUAUGUAUGUUCCCAGAUAACAAAGAAGUUGAAAAAGAUACUAUGAAUUAUACCAUUGCCAUCAAUGGAGGUGUUUGGUUGAUCGCUUUCAUCUAUUACUUUGUUUAUGGUUACAAGAAGUAUUCUGGUCCAAAAUCUAAUUUGGAUUCAGAAGACGUUGAAAGUUCGGACGACACUGCCGCCGUCAAUAUAGAUGAAGUUUUAGGAGAAAAGGAAAGUUAG